AUGUCCCCCCCUGAAUAUAUGCCUCCUGGUGAAAAUGAUGUAAGGUCUCCUUGUCCUGCCAUUAAUGCUUUGGCUAACCAUGGUAUUCUUCCAAGAAGCGGAAAAGAUUUUACAAUGUCCAGAUUAAUUGAUGCUCUUCGUAAAGGUUUUAAUCUUGGUACAGCUUUGGCCACAUGGCUAGCAUUCUGGGCUUUUCUUUUUUAUGGGAAAUUUUUUCGAACAAUGUCACUCAGUGAUCUUCAUGUACACGGUAUUCUUGAACACGACGCGUCUUUAUCUCGUCAAGAUGAUGCGAUUGGUGAUCACAUAAAAGUUGAUAAGGAUUUAGUAGAUUUAAUAUUAUCACAGAAAAUUGAUGGAAAAAUUAAUACCGAAUCCCUCGCAAAAUUAUCUAAAAUACGUCAAGCAGAUUCAAAAGAACGUAAUAAAGAUUUUAACUUUGGUUGGAAACAAAAGACCUUGGCAUUCGGAGAAUAUUCUUUAUUUUUACAUACUAUUGGAGGGGCGACAAAUAAAGAAGUUGAUGCUAAAGUUGUAGAAAUUCUCUUUAAAGAAGAAAGAAUUCCUGAUGAUUGGAAAAUGCCCGAGACACCUGUUGAACUCUUUAAAGUUCUGCGUUAUCAAAAGGAUAUUGAGAAAAAGUAUGAAGAAUUAAAUCAUGAAUAA